AGGACUGGGUGGGGGACCCGGGAGGAGGAAGCGCAGUGGGCAGGAGAGAAAGGGGAGUGGCCGAGGUGGGGCGGAGGAUGGUCCCGAGACUGUCAACAACCUUUAAUGAGCCUCCUCGGCGUCUCCAGCCCAGUCCUACGCGCUGGGAGGGGUGAGGAAGAGCCGGACACCGUUCCUGUCCUCUAGGUGUUUACAGCCUAGCCGGAGAGACGACACAGAUGCAUAUUAAAUAGCUAAAACCAACUCCAGGGCAGCUUGUAAGCAAAGCUAUAAAAGAUUUAGAGAGCGAGCCUAUCUGGAGUGUAUUGUAUUAGGAAAUUACACACAAAGUUUGGAAGGUCAUGACCCCGAAGGAUCAGAAAGAUAAGCAAGCAUUAGUGGCCUCUCUGGUUUGGGUUUCAGAGGGACUCAGAGCUCCAUGAGGCUUAGUAUACAUGGCGAGAGGUGGGAUAGUGAGGUAGUUAGGGGUGGGGGCCGUGGAUUCCAAUUCCUGCUGCUGCCACUUACUAAUCUUAUAAAGGUUCCACGUGUCUGGGGAUGUUUUCCGCGAAGAGUAGGGCCCUCACGGCCGAUCCGUAACCUGCUCUUCUCCGGCGGGCCGUGAGGGGGCGCAGUGGAGCCUCAGGUCUACGAAGGAUGGAGAAGGCGGGGACAGGGCAGCGGCACAGCCGUGCAGGCUCCGUCCUGCUGGUGUAACACAGAGGCGGGGCAGGGAUUAUAAAUCGGAGAGAACAUCCCAUGUUCCCCAGUGACAUCUCAGCAGCCAAGAGGACCGAAGUCCCAGAUUUCCCUGCCUCCCUCGACUGCUGACGACCUCCAGGGGCCGAUGGCUGAAGCAGCCUAAGAAGCUGGACCCACUCCAUCUUUCACAGGCAAAGGACGGGGAAGCCCCUUUCUAGGCAGGUGCCAGAGGGCCCUUUUAGGUGACAAAGGCCACUUCUGAAGUUGGGGCAUCCCCAGGAGACACCAGCAGCCAAGAUGUCCACACAGAGCACACCCGACCCGGAGCCCGAGGCCUCGGACCUGCAGUCUGGGACCCCAGAGGCCCCUGGCCGCCAGCGGCGCCACACGCUUCCCGCCAGUGUGUUCCGCUGCCUCACUGCGGAAGAUGCCGCUGGCGUGUUUGAGAUCGAGCGCGAAGCCUUCAUCUCCAUCUUGGGCACCUGCCCCUUAUAUCUGGACGAGGUCAAGCAUUUCCUGACCCUGUGUCCAGAGCUGUCCCUGGGCUGGUUCCAGGAGGGGUGCCUCGUAGCCUUCAUCAUCGGCUCGCUUUGGGACCAGGAGAGACUCACUCAGGAGUCGCUGAUGCUGCACCGGCCGGGGGGCCACACUGCCCACCUGCACGUGCUGGCCGUGCACCAAGCUUGCCGGCGCCAGGGCAAGGGCUCCACACUGAUGCGGCGCUACCUGCAGCACUUGGGCGGCCAGCCGACGGUGAGCCGGGCCGCGCUCAUGUGCGAGGACAGACUGGUGCCCUUCUACCAGGGAUUCGGCUUCAGCCCCGUGGGCCCCUGCGCCAUCACCCUGGGCCCGCUUGCCUUCACGGAGCUCCAGUGCUCCAUGCGAGGCCACGCGUGCCGGCGUCGGAACAGCGGCUGCUGAGCCCGGCGCCCUGCCCUCCCGGCUGCCGCCCCACGGCACCCAUGGCCACAUGCUGGGCUGCGGGGAGGCAGGCUGGGGCUCCCACCCGGCCCCAGGGUCCCCUUCUCUGCCCAGCCCAGGCUGCCUGCCGAACGGUGCCGGAGGUGGGGCUGGGUUGGGAACUGGGGACAGCAGGUGUCCCCGGACCACCUCGGUGACUCCCUCAUUCUCGGGAACCAAAGGGGGACCCUCUGGGCAGACAGCCUCCUUCUCCCCAGCCUCAGGGAUUCCCCUUCUCGUCCUCGGCCCCGGAAUAGGGGGGAGCUGGGCGCAGGGCAGUGCGGGGGUUAUCUCCCAGCUCCCCCCAUGGGCCCCCCACCGCUCGCCUCAGAUACCCCGGAUCCUCUUCCCUCUAAUAAAUAAAGAGUUGU